AUGAAAAAAACAAAGAAAAUCUUUAUUUGUCGAUCAAAUGAUUAUUUAGGUGGUGGUUUUGGUUUUACACUUCGUCAUUUUAUUAUCUAUCCACAAUCAAUUCCUCUUAAUAAUAUUCUUCAAGCUUCAUAUAGUGUUGUAAUCGAUGAACAUCAGCAAAAGCAAUUAGAAGGAGGAACAACAUCGACAAUAAUUCCUUCCUCAUCAACCACUCUUAUACAUCAUCAAGGAGAACAACAACAAGGAUUAUCGUCAUCAAAUUCCAUGAAAAUUAUCAGCACUGAUAACAUCGAAGAUGAUGGAAUUUAUCCGAAUGAAAAUUUUCAAUCAAUGGAUACAAUAUUUGUUAAAGAAGUUCGUCAUGAUAGUCCAGCUUAUAAAGCUGGUUUAAGACAAGGUGAUCGAAUAUUAACUGUUAAUGAUCAAUUAAUACAAGGAAAAACUUAUGCACAAGUGAUUUCUCUUAUUCAAAAUACUCCUCACGAUCUUAUACUUAAUGUUCUACCAAAAGAAGAUGAUGUUAUUUCUUUAAAUACACAUCAAUCACCUUUAUCUAUCAGUCGUCCUUCACCAAUAAACAUGUCAAAUAAUACAAUUGAACAAAAAUUACGUAAUUUACAAAUAAAUUUAGCUCAAGGUCGAACACAAGAAGAACUUGCUCAAGCUGGAAUUUAUUUUCCAUCAUCAAGCGCACCUACUUCACAAAAUAUUUUUUCAAAUUAUAUUGAAUCUGUACAUAAAGCUUUAGAUUCAUCAUCAUCUAAACAACCAACAAAAGAUAAUUCAACAUCUUAUUAUCAAUCUCCAUAUCAUAAUGAUUAUAUACCUUAUGAUUAUAAACAACAACAACAAACAUCAUUUAUUCCAUUGGGUAAUUCAUCAUUUAAUCUUCCAUCUGAAGAUCAAAAUCAAUGGACAUCACCAUCAUCAUCACGUGAUGAAAUAAAAUCACCAUCAACAGAUUCAAUAACAAAUGAUAAAGAACAGAAAACUGAAUUUGUUAAUUUUCGUAAGAAACAAUUUGAAACAGGACAUGUAGAAAAUAUUGUUCAUGAUAAACAACGUGAUUCGAAAGCAAAAAAAUAUUCUGAAAAGAAAAAAUAUGAACAUGAAUGGAAUCGUUUAACAACAACAGGUGAUGUUGAAUCUGUUAUGGCACGUGCAUCACAUUUUGAAGAUAUUGAUCCAGAUAAAUUUACAAGAUUUAAAUCUAAACCUUCAAAUACACCACCACCAUCAGAACAAGAAAAUAUUGUCUAUCAAGAUGAUGAAAUGCAAAAUACAAAUUCUGAUCAAAUCAGUUUUUAUGAAUCACAAUUUAAAAUGGUUAAACCAAUAGCAACAUCAUUUAAUUCAACUUCUUCAUUUCAAAUUCCACGAGCUAAUGAAAUAAAUAAUAUUGAAUAUAAUUAUGAGCCUCGAUAUAUGAUUGAACCAAUACGAACCAAUUCAUCUCAAAGAACAUCAUCUCAAUAUUCACCAUUACUAACAAAUGAAAGUCAACGAUAUACAUUGAAUAAUUAUUCAAGUAUUUCUCCAUCACGAACUUCAGGUGUUAAUUUAAUUCGUCAAGAUUCUUAUAUAACAGCUGUUCGAUCAGCUCAUCAAAAUGAACCAACAGAUUUUGUUAAUGUGCAUGUUUGUGGUCAGUUUGCUUUGUCUUUUAACCCUGAAACACCUAUUCUCCGACGGAAAGUAUCUCAAUAUGGUGUAGCACCAAGAACAUCUGAACAAGAAUUAAAACAACGUCGAACAUCAUAUUUAAUGGCUACUGAUCAACAGAUGAUGAAUCGAAGAGGUUAUAUCCCUUCAGAUUUUAUACGAACAAAUAAAAAUGAUAAUUAUAUAUAUGAUGAUAUUCAACAUGUACAACAGCCGAAGAUAAGAAAUUCAUCGCAGUAUCAAACACAAGCAAUUAAAAAAUUAAAGAAUUUUUUUGGUGAAGGAACGCCAGAAGUAACUCAUGCACUUGAUCAUCGCUCAUCAUUAUCACCUCUAUCAUCAUCGGGUAAUCAAUCAAAAUCUGGUUCAUAUUUUGAUAGUUCAACGACAAAUCCACAAGAAUCAAUAUCAUUAACAACAAUGUCUGAUAAUAUUGAACCAUCAAAAGAAGGAAUACUCUAUUGUAAAACUGUUUUAAAAGAAGGUCGUCGUGCUGCUGAUCGUUCAUGGCGUGGAGCAUGGGCUGUUCUAAGACGUGGUGCUUUAUUUCUUGGUAAAGAAAAAAAACAUGGAUUAUUAAUUCCACUUUCAUGUGAUUCAUUUCCAAUAAAUCUUCAAAAUGCCGAUGUGGAAUUAGCAAGUGAUUAUAUAAAAAAACCACGAGUUUUUAAACUAACAACAUCAAAUCAAAGUGAAUUUUUAUUUCAAACACCAGAUUUACAAUCGUUAUCAGAAUGGUUAGAUGUUAUUAAUGAACAUUGUAUAUCAGAACAAGAUAAUCAAGAACCAAUAACAACUAAGAAUGAUAAAUCUCCAAGAAAAAGUACUUCAUCAUUACCACCAAUUGUACCUACUCUUCAUGCUACGAGUCAACCAGAUUUAAUAUCACAGAGUGAGAAUCAAUCAAAAUCAAGUCCAUCUAAUGGAAGAAAAUCCAAAAUAUCUCUUCGAAGUCCUUCAUUAAAACGUUCACCUAGUCUUCGUUUUCGUAAAUCACAAAAAUCUGUAACUCAACCAAUUCCAACAAUUUCAUCAUUAAACGGAUUGAAUUCUCCAUCAACUGUUUCUCCUCGUCGUUCAUUUGUUAAAUCAAUUGUAAAAAAAGGUCUUCGAACAUUAAAAUCAUCAUCAUCAUUAUUAACAAGUCAAAUGAGUGGACAAAUUUAUGAUGAAAGUAGUGGAGAAUCAAUAUCAUCUACAACAGGUGCUAGUACACUUUCACAAGGUACUAAUUUUGGUAUUGAAUUAGAAGAAUGUGAAUCAUCAUCAAUAUCACGUUAUAUACCAAUUGUUGUGGAAAUUUUAACACGUCUAGUUGAAUUACGUGGAAUAAAUUGCCAAGGAAUUUAUCGACAUGCCGGAGGUUUAACGGCUGUUAAUUGGCUUGUAACAGAAUUUGAUAAAGGUGCAGAACGAAUUGAUUUUAAUUCAGAAAAAUGGUAUGAUGUUAAAGCAAUUGCUUCAACAUUAAAAACAUUUUUUGCUAAAUUACCCGAUUCACUUCUAUCAUCAAAAAUAAGUAGUUUAUCUGUUGAAGCAAGUCGAAUGGAGAAUCAUUAUGAACGUUUAAUGGGAUUAAAACGAUUUGUUAUUCAAUUAGAUGAUUAUAGAUUUGAAACAUUAAAAUAUUUAUGUGCACAUUUUAGAAGAGUUGCUUCCCAAUGUAAUAUUAAUAAGAUUGAUGCAAGAAAUUUAGCCAUUAUAUUUGGACCAACAUUAAUUUGGGAUUCAAAAGCAUCAUUACAAUCAAAUCUUGUAGAUAAUCCCGAGAAAAUUCGAAUUAUUGAAUCAUUUAUUUUAUAUUAUGAAUGGUUUUUUGAUCAAAAUGGAUAUGAUGAAAUUCCAGUUGAAAUCAAUCCACAAAUGCCAAAAUUACCAGCAGUAUUAAAUAUUGGUAAUACUGAUCCUGAAUCAUCAUUGACUAAUGAGACGAAACCAUCUGAAAUAAUUCAACAAAUUAUUCGUGCAGCUAAAAGACGUUGGUCAUCACCAUUAUUACUUGAUUCUUUAUCAUCAUUAAGUACAACAACAACAACAACAACAGAUCAACAAACAUCAAAACCAAUAAAUAUUUCAGUUAAAAGAAAUCGUCGACGAAAUAAUAAAAAGGAAGAAAAAUUUUCUUCUUUAUCAUCUCGAUCUCGUUCUGUUGAUUCAUCAUUAAAAGCAAAUCCAAUUGUCUCAUCAUCAACAGAUUCAGCUGUUUAUUCUAUGUCAGAUAUAAGUUCAUCAAUAAGUACAACAACAACUACAAAAAAACCAUCGCAAUCAUUACGAGAUAUUUCACAUAUAUUUCAUUAUUUUACAUUAUCAAAUGAUAAAUAUAAAUCAAAAACUUUAACAAAUAUUCGAAGAAAAAAAUUACGAAAAAAAAUAACUAAUGAAACAUUUAUUUCACCUCCAACUAAAGAUGAUGAGAUUUAUGAAAGAAUAAGUAAUUCAAGUAUUUGUUUUAUUGAUCAAUCACCAGUUCAUGAAAUAGAUUUUGUUCAACAAACUUCAUUAUUAAAAUCGAAAUUAAUUCAACAUGAAAAUAUUCUUCAUACAUUAAAACAACAAAUCAAUGAAGUUGAUCAACAAAUUUUAAUAAUUAAAGAAGAUUCAGUACAAAAUAAUUUCCUUUCUUCUUCUGAUCGACAGUUAAUUAAACGUCGUCAUACAUUUAAUUCACUGUUUGAUUUAAAUUGUUUAUUUAUAGAAAAAGAUAAAUAUUCAUCUUCUUCUUUAUAUGCCUUACAACUUUUGUGA